CAAACAUUAAAUUCCAAAUAUCCAUGGACUAUGACAUUUUCCAUGUCUAAUAAUCUACUCUUUGAUGUCAUUAUUUUGUCUGUCAAAUCGAGAGUUGUUUUCCUUUCAAGUUUCAAAUUCAAAAUUCAAUUUCAAACUAAACCCUCAACUUAGUUGUGUUUGUUACAUUUAGAUUUUUGUAUUUAAGAGUUUUAGUGAGAAUGUAUUUUACAACAAUUUUGGAUAAAUAAUGACAAUCCAGGUCGAAAGAAGAAUUUUAUAAUUAAACAUUUUGAAAAUGGACAUAUAAAUAUUUAGAAAUUUUAACGACUAAUAUUAUCUUAUUUGAUACAUUUCUUUAACUAUACAUAAAUAAAUAUGGCUUUAGAAUUAUCGCUUCGAGAAAUAUGCUCUAAUCUUCAAUCUAUUCGGGCUACUGAGAGGAAGAAAAGCGCGGAAACGUUAAAAGAUAUGCUAAGCAGAACAGCUGUUCCCAGUUUACUGAAUGAAAAUACAUUGAAAAAGUCUGGUUAUACCUGGAAUCAUCUAUUUGGUGAUAUUAAUGAUUAUAUUCUUAAGGAAACUGAAAAGUUUGAAACAAACAAAAACUUCUCUGUUGUAGUUGGAAUUGCUACAAGUCUUCUUAAUUUAUGUGUUUCUGGUUCAAACAAAGGUGGGGCACAUAUAAAAUGUGAUGUUUUAAUGGAUGCAUGUUUCAAUGUUUUCAAUGAUACUCGUCUCCGUAAAGCUAUAGGUGAUGCAUAUUUCAAUGUUCUAUAUAAACACAUACUAAAUAAUGAUUAUUUCAUCGGAUAUAUCACUCCAGAAAUGUGGGAAAAUUUGCUGGACAUAUCUGUAACAACUUGUCUCACAAAAUUUUCAGAAUUAGAUAACUUGACCAAGUUCAAGUUUUUAUUGCUAGUAGUACAAAAUGCUAGUAAUUCCAGUCAGUUUUUAGUUUGUCUCAGAGAUGCUUUGCCAGAUAUUAAAACUUGUUUUCGAAAUGUUAUACAUGAUAAAAUAGUGCAGGAGUUAGUCUUGAAAACUGUUUUAUUGUUGAUGGAAUUGUUAGCUUCAGAAUGUCGCCUAUACAUUUGCGAAUUUUCAGAAACACUUUUACCUUUAAUAUUUAAGAUAUAUGAUCACAGUAUGGAUGCUAAGAAAAAGUCUUUAUUAUUUAAAGUAUUGCAAAUUGCAUUUGUCAUUCAUCAUCCUAUGGGUAGAUUGCAAAAAGAACAAGGCAGUAUGGCACACAAUUGGGAAAUUUGGAAUAAACAUGUGCACAGCAUAUUAGAAAUUAUUUGCCUUGAAAUAAACAAUGUGCAAAAAAAUUUAAAACACAACAGUUCACAGACACAUGUUGACAAUUUUUCUUAUUUAGCAGCAAUAACAUAUUAUCAGAUUUUCAAUGAAGAUAGUACUGAUGUUGUUGAAGAAAUUGCUGAAAACUCGGCUAAGAAGCAGAAGUUAAGUUUUGAUAAUAAAAAAUCUUUUUUGGAUUUAUUGGAAGAGCUUCAUCAGAAUUCUGAAACAUGGAUCUCAAUCAUACACAUGUAUGUGAAACAUUUCGGAAAUACUUUAACACCAUCCCACUUUAUGAAAUUGUUAAACAUAUCUGAAAUCUUAGUAUCUAAAACCGGUAAAGCUUUUAAAUGGAGCGAUUUUGGUAACAUGACAUGCCAGGUGUUGCAUUAUUUUAUAAUUAAUGGAAAAUUAAUAGUCGAUGGAUCAAGUCAUAAUGAUUUCAUCUCUUUAUGGAACACUUGUGUGAGGAACUCAGCCGUACAAAAUGCUGCUCAUGAAUCGAUACAUAUGAUUAUACUGUCAUUAUUGAAACUGGACAUUAUUAAGUACACGCACGUGCAGCCUCUUCUUACAAUCUACUUUGAAAAGAGAAUGCCUGUUGAUAAUCAUACGUUAAAAACGUUCAGUUCUAUUUAUUAUAGAUUUUUCAGCAAUUGCUGUCAAAUAGAACAAAGACUUAAGUGUUUCACGUGGUUGACAAAUGUUGAUAUCAAUGAUGUAGACGUUAUAUACCUUGAAGAAAUUUUUGUUCAAAUAAUUUCUGACGACAACCUACCUUUAGCUCCACAUACAGUUUUGGAUACAUGUUCUCAUAGUAUUCACGAUAUUUUAUUUAAAAAUAUUGAGAAAAGUAUUCUAUUUGGAACUUUUGAUUUUGAAAUCGAUACCGAUGAAAAGGUAAUAGUAAAUAAAGAGGUAACAAUAGGUACAGCUGAAAUGAGCCGAGAAGUAAGUGAUUGGGUUAUUAAAUACUUAGGAGAUAAAUUAUCCGAAUUUACCACCAUGAUUGCAAGUAAAGAUAAUCCAGUCAAUGUUGGAAAAUAUAUACACUUAACUUUGCUUCUCUAUAAAUCUUUACUUAAGUAUAAAAUAUUUACCAAAGAAGAUGUGUUGACCUCGUCACUGUAUGUUGUACUUAUAGAGAGCUUAAAGAAAAUAUUUGUUCAUUUAACACGUGUUUUAAAAUCAUCUGAUCAAAUUAAGAACAAAAUAGCAUUAUUGAAAUGCCUACAAGGUAUCCUUGAAAACGAUUAUAAUUGUUUUCUUGAUAGCGUUAUUCGUUCGUGUAUAAACGAAGAUACCUUCCAUUGUAUCAACGAAAUUCUUAAAACUGAAGUUACCAAUGAUGAGGACGAAUUUAAUUCAGAAGAUGAUAUUGAAUUGAGUCUUGCUGGUUUGAGGCAUCAUUGUAUAUACUUUCUGGCGGCUUAUUGUUCACAUGAUCACGAUUAUACGGACGAACUCAUAAAGUGUAUACUGGACGAAGACGUUUAUAAAUUUGAGUCCCAUUGUGAUGUAGAGUGCGCUUUUAAAUGCAUCAAUAUGAUCAUUAGAAUUGACAAGGAUAGCAAGUUUAUUGAUAAUGUUUUAGGCCUUAUGCAGACCAUGUGCAGGAAUUUAUUCCGCAAUUCCAAAGCAAGCUUAGGAAUAUUACAAAUUAUAUUACAAUUACUCGAUAAGGUUUGGCUGAAAAAUGACCACGUUUUACGGCAGAAUUGCAUUAUCAUGGUUAGAAGUUACAUGCAGCGCUGUACCAAAUUGUACUACCCUCCAAGUGUUGCGGUUUUAGUCUAUGAAUGUGUGGCCCGUAUUAUAGAGCUUAAUAAGAAACAUCACAUUGAUCUUGAUGACUCCUUACAAGACGUCUUAAUUGAGCAGCUUAAAGGAAAUAUCCACAAUAUGCGAAUAUAUUGCUGUUACCUUAUGAAACGUUCAUGUGGAAAUAACAUUGAUAUCAAAAAUAUAUCAAACACACUUAUGGAUAUCUUCGUGAUCAAUGUAUCAAACAAUAAUGAAACCGUGCUUAAAGAUGAAACAACUAAUAGAACAUUGACGGUAUCGCACUGUUUCCUAGCUUUGUCGCAAAUUAAACCGUACCUGAUUCAUGACAUAGCUCUCGAGUUGAUCCAUAUUCAAAAGAAAAAAGGGCUAAGUAAACAUAUAAUUAAGAAAGUUUUAAAUAUCAUUAUAAAGAAAUCCAUGGGAAUUUACUUAGAAGAGUACGCCGAUACUAAUAUUAAAAGAAUUCUUCAAUAUUGGUUCAAAGAAAAUGAAGGAUUUCAAGACAUCCCUUUAAGUUUAUUAGGAUUUAAAUCCAUCGAUGCUUUUAUUGAGAAACACUCGAAAUGGCUAAUUGCUAUGGAUAUAUUGUGGCGUAAUAAUGGAUACAUUGAGAAGAGUGAAGCCACAAAAUAUGUCGUUAAUAAAUCAGGAAAAUCUUUAGAGGACAUAAUUGAGAUAUGUUUCUGUUCAAUAAUUUCACUUUGCCUUCCUUAUAUUGUUACCGAAAAAUACAAAUUGGAAGAUCAAAAACAAUCAGACUUCAAGGUUCGACUGGAAAACGCAAAUCGAAUGUUUCAAUCUACGAGGCAAAUACUAAAAAAUGAGAAAUGGAGUAAUUUGUUUGUAGAGCACAUGGGCGAGUUAAUUCGCUUGGCGGCCCUUCAUAUGUUCGAUCCAGAGAGUGCUGAACUUGAGUUUCAAGUGAAUUUGAUGACAAAAAAACCUCAAUUUACGUAUACUAAAACUGUUUUUAAUGCGGUUUUAAGAUAUUUUGGCGAACUAAUUGAUGGCAAUAUAAUGCAGUAUCUCUGUGAAAACCAACCGUUAAUCAUUCUUACUAUACUUUUUAAGCUAUGGGCCAACUUUAUCAAAGAGAAGAUACUACAGAUGAAAACAAUUUAUUUGCAUACGUAUACGAGUUUCAUUGAAAAUAUUAUACUGGGAAAUCAAUCAGAUGCAGUUUUGUGUAACUUUGCUUGUAAUAGUGUUGUAAAUGCCAUCGCUAAGUCCAAAGUAUCAGAGGAAAUAAACAUAUUAGUUCAUUCAUUGGAAGUUAUGAUGGAAAAGGUUUUGAAGUAUCCAUCUGAUAGAUUGGAUACCUUAAAGAAAUCUGUUAUUUCCAAAAUUCUAGCAAUCUUAAGUAUUAAGAAAGAAACAGGUUUUAUAUUUUCGAAUAGCUUAGAAACGUAUUUACUCGAAUUUAUUAAUUCUCAACGUGGUCAUGUUGUUGAUUAUAUAGAUCUUAUGUAUAAAAAUGAAAUUGGUACCCAUGUAUGCUCAUCAAAGGAACAAUUUCAAAUAAUGCUGCAGAAAUAUAUAACGAACCUUUCCUAUCCGAGUCAUGAUAUUUUGUUGAACUUGAGACAAUUCUUGAAGACCAAUAACAAUUUUGUAAAUGGCCUCAUCAAAGAUUUGAAUAUAAAAGGUUUUUCGGAAGACUGUUUGAAGAGUCUUGUUCAUUGCGUAAUUAACUCACUUAAUAAUAUAUUGAUAACAUCAAAUGAUGAUAAGAUUAUAAUACAAGCGUGCAAUUGCCUCAGUGAACUUUGUACCUAUGAUAUAAAGAGUUUAGUGACUGUACCCGCCGAUACAAAGAAGGCAGUAACAUUAGCGCCAAAAGAAUAUUUUGCAUUUAUAGUAUUAACGACUCUUACUGAAGUGCUUUUUGAUGAAGAUCCUGCCGUCAAUAGCAGGACAGCAAAAGCGAUUAAUCGUCUCCUUAAAUUCCGCGAUGGAAAAUUGGCUUUAGAUAUGGAAGGAAUUAACAAAGAACUUUUGGAACCUCUGUCACCAACAACCAGCGAAAUCUUCUCUGUGUAUCGGAUAGAUGACUCAAAAUUCAAUAGAUACAAUCGUCUAGACUUUUGGGUUCCGAAACAAAAUGAAGAUCAUACAAAAUGGAUAGAGAGAAUAACAACAGCCCUCUUGGACGUGAUCGCUUCGCAGAAUAAUUGUGCGUCUGCUGUGCGCGACGUUUGUAAUUCUAAGCCAAGUGUAUGUACGACGAUCAUGCCAGCUGUUUUAGGACUUUUGCUGGAUUGUAAUUCAGAGAAAGUAUUUCAAGUUAUAAGUGAGCAAAUAAAUCAGUUCUUCCAAUAUAUUUGGAAAAUAAUCUUUAAAGAUGAAAGCGUGGAAGAUUUACAUCUUCCAGCUGGUACUACCAUUUCCAACCUAUUGGACAAUACUCAUAAAAAUAUUAUUCAAUAUAUCAUAAAUGUUAUAAACUUUAUACGACUGCAGGCGGAACAUUAUAAAACAAGGCAAUCCCGUUGUGUCGACCGCUUGAACUAUUUGAAUAUAGACUACGUGAAAGUGUCGCUGGCGGCGGCUCUUGCCGACUGCAGCAUGGUCGCGAUAUACUACGGCGAGCUCGGUGCUGCCGCCGCCAAUGGCGGAGUUCCGCCUGACUCGCCUGAUGCCACAAGCAGGCUGGACGGAGGAUCCCACCUACAAAGGAUUUUUAGAGGAUGUUUCGUGUCCAUUGGCGAAAUGGAUGCCGUAGAGGGCUGCGGUACUGCUCACCUCACCAGCGAGGGGGAAAAAAGAAAGCAUCUCAUCAACACGGGGCAGUUCGCAGACUCAUUGGUCCUGCACGAUAUUGCACUUUCGUACGGAGCUCAGGAUCGAGCCUUGCAAUACGGAACCGUUGUAUCCUUGCAUAAAUCUGGCAUGCACCAUCUUGCUUUACAGUACAUUAAGUCUUGUCCCGAAAAUGAGGAUCUAGACGACAUUAAAUACGACUGCUUGUCGUAUCUCGGUGAUUGGACUGCAAUAGUUGACACACGGGAAUUGGAAGCAAAAUCUCAACUUGCAACUUAUGAUAUAAAUUCAUUUACAAAAAUGUACAGAUAUGCGUGCCUCAAAGAUUGCCUUAAUAUACAACCAUCUGAAGAGCUUCCUGCAAAAUUUGAACAAACAUUGAACGCUGCGAAAUUAACUAUUUCAAGGAUGUGUCGCGAUUUAAAUAUGGAGAACUCACAAUGUGUUUAUAAUAUUAUGGCGAAUUUGCAUUUAUUCCGCGACAUAGAAAACUAUUUCGCAGUUCGAUGCGGCAAGGAAAAGCUUACAAAAUUGAUCGAUGAUUGGGGUAUUGAAAAGUUGCCUCCGUAUAAAGAUUUUACACACCUGGAGGGUCUGAUAUCACAGCGGAGCUUAAUCCUGCAGCAUGCAGUAGAAAAUAACGGAAUCCAUUCGACGAUCAUUAAUUCUUUACAACUACAAUAUGCUGAAUUGGCUCUUCUUAAUGAAAGGGUACAAAUGGCUCAGCGAAUAGUGGCAAUGGUUAAACGGUUUCACCCUUCGAAAGAGGUUACCCUUAUAGAGAGUAAGGUAUCGUGGGAAAAGGGACAUAAAGAUAUAGCUCUAUCUCUGUUGCACGGUAAUGUAUAUGAUGAAUCUGAUAAUGCAAAGCUAACUGCAAUGUCUUUAAGGCAAUAUGGCUUGUGGAUGGGAGAGUGUAAACGCGAGAACGCGAGAGAUAUCAUUAAUAAAUAUCUAGAAAAAAGUCUCAAUGUACUAAAGGAAGGCGACGAUGUCAAAACAAGACUCAAAGUGUAUUAUGAUAUUGCUACAUUUGCUGAUGCAGAGUAUAAACAAGUUGUCUCAUACAUGAAUUCGACCACCUUCGAGAAUAAAGUGAAAUGCUUAGAAAGUUUAAAAGGUACCGUGGAAUCCUUGAAAUCGUCGCAACUAAGCCUCACAAGAGAUGAAAGAAGAGCCUUAAUUGCGAAUAAUGCAUUUAGAGACUUGGAUGAAGCAGAUAUUGCAAAUACGAGAGCGGAGAGGGACACCUUUUUAAAUCUAGCCAUGAGAUAUUAUUUACAGUCUUUAGAACAAAGCAAUGAAAACAAUUUGUCAGUGUUUAGAGUAAUUUCGCUAUGGUUUGAAAAUAGCAACAUAGAUUUGGACUGCGAGGAGACCGGUCGUUUGGGAACGCUCUUACAGGGGAUACCGUCGUGGAAGUUCAUUACAGUGCUGCCACAGAUCGCACCUCGGCUUUCUUCAGAAGACACCCCGUUCGCGAACCAUUUAAGGAACUUAAUAACUCGUUGUGCAAUAGAACACCCACACCACACGCUGCCCAUACUAUUUAACUUGAAGAACUCUGAUAAAGACGUGACACUACGUGGCCAAAUGGGGUUAUCUUCUGGAUCACGCGCUUCGAUCUCGGCGCCGGAGCCCAGGGUGAUCGCUGCGGAACAGCUAAUCAACGGCCUGGCAGCUCGUAGUCCAGAACUCGGUGUUAUAGUAGAACAGAUGGAGGUAUUGUGCGAUGCUAUCAUCAGGUUCGCCUAUUCCGUUCCGACAGCGAAAGAGAUUGGCAAACCCUUACCUAUACCUAAAACAGAGGGCAUAUCCAAGCUCCGUAACUUAAACAACACGCCGGUGCCCAUCGACACUAUCGCCAUACGAAAAGAUUUUGAUUACUCAGGCAUUCUCAGCCUCUCAUCGUUUGAAAAUCAUUACGAACUAGUUGGCGGUAUAAAUUUUCCCAAAAAGAUAUCUUGUCGGCGCUCUGAUGGGAAAAAACGGAUUCUCCUAAUAAAGGGUGAAGAUGAUCUAAGACAAGACGCCGUGAUGCAACAAGUAUUUAACAUAGUAAACACGUUGCUGGAAAAGAACCCAGUCACGUACCAUAACAAAUUGCUCAUUCGCACCUAUAAGGUUGUGGCGAUGUCCCGUCGCUCCGGCGUGCUGGAGUGGUGCGAGGGCACGAUGCCGCUCGGCUCCUAUCUCAUGCAAGCACACAAACAGUAUCGUCCUCAGGACAUUCAUCCGAAUAUAGCUAGAAAUAAAAUGAAAGAAUGCCACGAAAACAGAAGAUCUAAUAAGCACAAGCUGGCAGUUUUCAACGAAAUAUUAAGGGUGUUCAAACCGGUUUUCCAUUAUUUCUUUACGGAACAUUAUCUCGAUCCCGUAACAUGGUAUGAACGACGACUGGCUUAUACUAGAAGCGUUGCAACGUCGUCUAUGGUUGGUUACAUUAUGGGUCUGGGAGACCGACAUGUUCAGAAUAUAUUGAUUGACAAAACUACUGCUGAAGUAAUACAUAUUGACUUUGGUAUUGCUUUCGACCAAGGAAAAACUUUACCUACACCUGAAACGGUGCCUUUCCGUUUAACGCAAGAUAUUAUAGCUGGAUUCGGUUGUAGUGGUGUUGAAGGAAUAUUUAGAAAUUGCUGUGAAAAAACAUUACAAUUGCUUCGUGACAACCAAGAAACGCUAUUGACAAUACUCGAAGUUCUUUUAUGUGAUCCAUUGUAUUUGUGGAUUGUACCCUCAGCAGCUAAGAAUGCAGGUGAGCAGCAGGGCGAGGGCAGCGGGGGCGGCGGGGGCGGCGGGGGCGACAGACUGUGCGGCGCCGAGCGCGGCGCGGCGGGCGUGUCGGCGCGCGGCCACGUGGCGGCCCUGCUGCGCCGCGCCACCGACCGCGCCAACCUCUGCCGCCUGUUCCACGGCUGGCAGCCCUACCUGUGA